AAUACAUACAUUUAGAGGUAAGAAAUUAUAAGGUUAACAUUGAAUAAAAAAGUGUUGGAAAUAGUUGAGCAAGAUGGUUUAGAGUAUAGGAAUUGUUAACAGGUGUAUUUCAGAAAGUUUACUUGCGCAAAGUUUACUUGCGCAAAUGAUUCCACCUCCACCCAGUCUUCCAUUUCCGUCCGAAACAUUUUCCUUUGUAAUUUGAUAGUCGACCGUAAUUCGUGUAAUAAACUCACUUUUUGGGGAAGCCCAAAAAGUUCUCGUGCAAUUAAGCACAGUAGCCUUGAGGUGCCACAUCACAAAAUAUGGAAUUUAUACGGAGGAAAAUGAAGACUAUUGUUUUUCUGAAUGCACUGGCGACAGUUGUUUGGUGUGCCCCUUCGCUCUGCGACCCUGAAGACGAAUUUCUAGGUAUCUUUUGCAAAGAACCACAACCAGAACCAGAACAACCCAAGUGCAUGGACAUCAUGAUGAACUAUUGCGACGACAUGUCCUAUACCCACACCGUGUUCCCCAACAUCCUGGGCCACAGGACCCGCGAGGAGGCCGAGCUGGGCCCCGAGUACCUCCUCGUCAGUGUGGUCCACAACUUGCUCAAUGGAGAGUGCACCCCGGACAUCCGCAUGCUAGGCUGUUCAGUGCUGGUGCCUCGCUGCGAGAAGGAGAAGGUGCUGAAGCCGUGCAGGAGUACGUGCGAGGCUGUGAGGAAGAACUGUUACCACGCCUUCGAGGGCAUCGAGAUGGCCUGGCCAUACUUCCUGGACUGUGACCGCUUCUUUGUCAGUGACCAGGAGGGCUGUUACGACCCACUGGAGGGCUUACGAGCGAUACAGGAAGAAGGUAAUACCCCUGAGAAGCCUCAUACUGUCAUCCAGUUUAGCUAUCAGUCUAACGCCCAGAUGAACAGCAUCCUGAAGAAGACUGCAGCACGAUGCCCCGAAAUCGCCAUGACCUACAGCAUUGGCCGCAGUGUGGAGGGCAAAGACCUGCUAGUGAUAGAGUUCUCAAACAACCCUGGAGUACAUGAAUUGCUUGAACCAGAGAUGAAGUACAUAGGAAACAUGCAUGGGAACGAGGUGCUGGGUCGCCAGCUGUUGAUCUACCUGGCCCAGUACCUGUGUUCAGAGUACCUGCUGGGGAACCGGCGCAUCCAGACCCUGAUCAACACCACGCGUAUCCACAUCCUGCCCUCCAUGAACCCAGACGGUUACGAGCUAGCUGCCGCCGAGCUCCAGGACACCAUUGACCCUGAGAACGAGGAGGCUCAGAACUACAACAGCUGGACCCUGGGUCGAGGCAACGCCCAGAACAUUGACCUGAACAGGAACUUCCCUGACCUGACUACGAUCGUUUACAGCCGGCGCAGACACAGACAUUUCCGUAGCAACCACAUCCCAAUCCCAGACGCUUACUGGUUUGGUAAGGUAGCUCCAGAGACAUACGCAGUCAUGAAGUGGAUCAGAUCCUUUCCCUUUGUGCUCUCAGCUAACUUCCACGGAGGGGAGUUGUUGGUGUCCUACCCCUACGACCUCUCCAAACACCCACUAGAGCAGAAGAUGUUCUCCCCCACGCCAGAUGAACAGGUAUUCAAGCAGAUAGCGAGAACAUAUGCAGAUGCCCAUGCCACCAUGUCAGAAGGAAACUCUGGAAGGUGUGAGAACUUUGGCAGCAUCGGCCAGGACGGCAUCAUAAAUGGAGCAUGGUGGUACAGCUUUGCAGGUGGUAUGCAGGACUUCAACUACCUCCACACUAACUGUUUUGAGGUGACGGUGGAGUUGGGCUGUGAUAAGUUCCCAGCUGAGGAGGAGUUAUACACUGGCUGGAAGGACAACAAAGAGGCUCUGCUCACAUUCAUGGAGUCGGUCCACCGUGGAAUAAAGGGAAUAGUAAAGGAUGAGGACGGGAAUGGAAUCAAAGGGGCAAGGAUAUCUGUCAGAGGAAUAAGGCAUGACAUCACCACAGCUGAAAACGGAGACUACUGGCGCUUGCUAACCGCCGGCAUCCACAUCUUGACUGCGUCUGCACCGGGCUACACCAGAGCCAUGAAAAAGAUCCACCUCCCGGCACGCAUGCAGAAAGCAGGCCGGGUGGACUUUGUCCUGCAGAAGGCUGUGGUGGAGCCUGACAUGGAGGAGGACUAUAGAAUCCCGUCCAUGGGGACCUAUGAGCACUUCGACCCCUACAACCAGUUUGAGCGCUACACCAUUAGCGAGCAGAACCAGAACGGAGAGGAGGGGCAGGAGAAACCGUGGUGGUGGAGUUACUUUAGCCACGCCCAUGGCUCCACCCCCACCUGGCUUCUCAGAAACUAGCUCCUCCCCUGAAUAUACAUAGAAUCCUCUAUGGCUCCCACUAUAGCCUCCUUUCUCAACUCUGGUCCCCGAUUUACCAUCAAGGGUUGCACAUACCUCCUACAGGUCAAUACUAGCACACCUAAUUCAAUUAAUCAAGGGCUUGAUGAUUAGUUCAAUCACGUGUGCUUAUAUAAGGGUGGAACAAAAAUGUGCAACCCAGGGGGUACUCCAGGACACUGCCCUACAUGAUCAAAGACGGGUUACUAUUUAAGUUGAAUAUGAUUUACAUAAUGCUAUCAUACAAGUGUCACAUUUUAGCAUUACCAUUAUUAUCCAUUGCUGCAAACCUGUCGUAACUGAAGCAAAAUAUAAAAUAGCUAGUUGUUCAUGAUAGCAAUAUGUAAUCUUAAUAAGUCAUAGUUCAUGUAAAGUGUUUUCUCCUAAAGCUAGCCUCCAUUUUACAAGCUUUUGCCUUGUUAAACUGCUUCACUUUAUGACCAUAAUGCAACACAGGAAGGUUGAAAAGCUUCGACGAUUUGUCUCUCCACCCGCACAUAUCUAUAUGUUUACAAUAAAACAUUAUUAAAGAACAUUGACCGUCGUCUCUUCAAAAUAUGUAAUGAAACACAUUGGCCAAAAGAUGGCAUCCUAAUUCCAUUUGUUUUCGCCCAUGUUACAUUUUCAACUGAACUGCCUUUCCAAGAAAGGCAACCUUUCCAGCCAACCAAUACUGUAUCCCAAACUCUCCCACAUGGCAACGUAUAGCAUCUGUUAAAGAACCAGAGGCACCGUCAGUCUCUUAUACCAGUCAACCAACCAUGCUUUUUUCACAUAGCGCUCUGCAUCACUUUCUCUAGAUAUCUAGAUAUCGUCAGUGUUUGUCUGACAUGUUACCUAGAUAUGAAUUGAUCUGAAAAAAAUGUCAGUCCUAUCAUGUAAUUUGUUUUGCCACAUGUUAACUUCUGAAUAUCAUUCUGCCUACCCCUUUACAGUGCGCAUGUGCCUUGAAAAAAAAAGAGUAGGAUAUUUGUUGUAAAUGGUAGGAUGCAGUAUAGUCUUGCAAUAAGGGAUCAUCAAGGAGUGGCUAUGCGUUCAAGGAGUGACGACGCGCUAGCGGAGUGGAACUGACCUUCCACUGAGUUGCAUUAUUUUCCAGAGAACGCACAGAGCCCGGGGUUGAUUAUCGCUUUUAUACCAUGGCUUGGAAUAUUGUACAUUAUUUAAUACCAUGGACACCAUUCCACAGUAUGCAGCUAGCGAUGAGAAUAAAUGUUUUCUUCAAUCUUCCCUCCAAACAUUUGAGAUGAUGUUCAGUUAUGAUAUUUAGUAAACGGAGGCCAAAUCUGAUUUGUGUUUGUGUAUAUUUCCAGAUGUCAGCACUCCUGACAUAUCUACAGUUGAACUGUGGCUGCUAGGCACCAUCUCCUAGGAACACAACCCAAGGCCAAUUCAUCACUUAUUGAGCUGCUAUAAUAAUAAUAAUUUAUAGGCAUUUCAAUAAUGCAAUAAUUUCAAUAAUGCAUAACUAUACAUUCUGUGUCUGUGAAAGGGAUUCUUCACACAAAUAAUUAAAUUACUUUAGUGUUUCUUUACAUUGAAAGUAAAAGGCAAGGAGAGAUUGCGACCCACACUUAGCCAUACAUGGCCUCCCACAAACCCUAAUGCAUUUGUGACCAAAUAUGUUUGAGUGAAUGAAUCCCAUAAAUAUCAUGUCUUUAUUUGCAUGCACAAAUCAUACAUUGCAUAGUCAAAUUAAUACAUUUGUAUCAAUAAUAUUGUAAUUUAGGCGAACUCUCUCUUGCUCCAGAAAUGUUGUGCAUUUCAUUUAUGAAAUUCUGUCUGUUAUAAAUAAAUAAAUACACAUUGUUAAAGUAA